CACCAAAUAGAAAACUUCAUUAACGAGAUAAAUAAAAGAUAAAGAAUAUAAAGCUGCCAAGUAGAAAAAUAGUUUUAUACAAUUGUGGAAAAGCAUGGGCAGCAAUACACUAGUCUAUUAUAGAUGAUUAAUAGGUUUAACCUUUUUCUCUCCAAGUUCCCUUGCACAUUUUAGUUUCAUAUUUCGUGCAUAAUCAUUCCAAACUGGUAGUUUAAUAAGCUGAUGAUAGAUGGUCUUGACGUAUCACGAUAAUUUUUUGGUGAAUAUUAACUAUCAUUAUGUUGAUGAUUUAAAGCUAGAUGGUUGUUGAGAGUUAAUAAUGAGUUAAGUCCUACAUCGGAAAUAUAAGAGGAAUUCCACAAGUUUAUAAGAGAUUGGGUACCACAACUAAUUGACUCGAGCUUUUGGAUUGGAGAUGAGCACGAUAACUUAUAGGUUCAGUGGAAUUUUACAUGGUAUUAGAGAGAGAUAGAAAAAUUAAAGAGAAUUUCACAAGUUUAUAAGAGAUUGGGUACUACAACCAAUCAGCUCGAGCAUUUUAGGCAAUCUCUUAUAAACUUGUGGAAUUCCUCUUAUAUUUCAAAUGUUUGACUUAACUAAUUCUUAACUCUUAACACUCACCCUCACGUGGCAACACGUGGUCACCAUCACGUGCUCUUAAAUACCCGCACUCAACAACUGACCGCGAGCCGAACAUCCUCUUUCGUGCUCGGGCGAGGGGGGACAAACCAAACUAACCAUGAAUUCCACACUCGAGCUUGACUUAACAUGAGGCGCAUUCUUGGCUGUCUCGAGACUGGACUAAGUCACAUUUGGGCCAACACGGGCGCAUUUUUCGGCUACCCAUAUAAACAGACCUUAAAUUUGACGUGGUGUGAAUUCACACAUGUGCAUGUGGAAGCAUAGUCACUCUUAUACUAUAUAAAAUAUCCACAAGGCCUAUAAACGAUUAAACCUAUAAACGAUUGAGCCCAUCUCGAGAGGCUUGAGCAUCAUAAUUCCGAGGUGAUACUGUAAUUAGUCUGUCUCAGCUAUGAGUAAAACAUAUAUAUUUGAAAUGUAAGUAAUUGAAAGGUAAAUAGGAAACUUAUGAAUGUUUUCUUGGGUUACGGAAACUCAUUUUGAGUGUUGCCUUGGAAUUUCUUUCUCUGAAUUGUCCAAAGGACGGUUAAUUUUUCAGUAUCGUAUAAACAGUUUGGCACUUUUCAAUCGCAUGAAAGAAUUCAUAGUGAAUCAUGUGAAACACUCUUACAACACAGUUGGCUCGGCAAUCUACUCAAUCUCUUACCCUUUAUCAGCUGAGUAGGACCGUUAAUUUUUCCCCGUAAAAGCUGAAUGGGCAACGGCUUACAGCAUCAUGCUGAAUAGGCUAUUCAUCACCUGCUGAGUCAGGCUUACGGGAAGACUUGGGCCUCUCUGUGGCCGCUGUUAGUGCAGAUGCCACUCUUUUUCCACAUCCAUAAAUUGCUUUACUCUGUAUUUGCUUCAUUCAUAACUGUCGGUGGAGUACUAGGAGCUUUGGUAAAUGGGAUGGUAACCGAUAUGAUUGGCCGUCGAGGCACAAUAUGGCUGUCCGAGAUAUUUUGCACUGCAGGAUGGUUCUCUGUAGCAUUUGCCGAGGGAGUUUGGUUGCUUGACGUUGGAAGAUUAUUGAUUGGACUUGGCAUUGGAAUCUUAAUCUAUGUGGUACCAAUUUAUAUUGCAGAGAUAGCACCAAAAACUGUCCGUGGAGCAUUCACAGCAUUUAAUCAGUUGAUGAUAUCUUGUGGAUUUGCACUAACAAGCUUCGUGGGAACAAUAGUUUCAUGGCGUGUCCUGGCUCUGAUAGGUGCUGUGCCGUGUUUACUACAGAUUAUCGGUUUAUUCUUCAUUCCCGAGUCUCCGAGAUGGCUGGUAAAAGUCGGACGUGAAAAGGAGUUUGAGACUGCAUUGCAAAUACUGAGAGGCAAAAAUGCCAACAUCUCCCAGGAAGCGGCCGAUAUCAGAGACUACACCAAAGCAUUUGAGCUGCAAACUCAUUCGAGAAUCCUAGACUUGUUCCAACGAAGAUAUGCUCAUGCUCUCAUUAUAGGUGUUGGACUAAUGAUGCUGCAAAAUUUUGGAGGGGCUAAUGCAUUUGCCUACUACUCGGGAUCCAUAUUCGAAGAAGCUGGUUUUUCAAGUAGCAUCGGCAUCAAUUCUAUGGCCAUUAUUCAGAUCCCGGCACUUGCUCUGAGCGUAAUCUUGACAGACAAAGCUGGAAGGCGACCUCUUCUGAUGGUUUCUUCUGCAGGAAUGUGCCUGAGUUGUCUCGGACUGGGAAUCUCAUUUUGGAUAAAGGAACUGAACUAUUGGACUAAUGGUACCCCCAUUAUGGUGUACAUUUUCAUUCUGGUGUUUGCUGUGGCUUAUUCGAUGGGCAUGGCAGGGUUACCGUGGGUUAUAAUGUCAGAGGUAUUUCUGAUAAACGUGAAAGGAUCAGCAGGAAGCCUGGUGAGUCUUGUCAACUGGUCGUGUUCUUGGGUCGUUAGCUAUACCUUCAACUUCAUAUUCGAGUGGAAUGCACCCGGAACGUUUUUCAUAUUCGCGGCCGUUUGCGGAGUGGCAGUCCUAUUCACAGCGAAGGUCGUCCCGGAGACCAAAGGGCAAGGCCUUGAAGAAUUACAAGCCUCCCUAACCCAUGUUCUUCAAUAAGACAUACUUCCUUUAUUUUGGAUAAGUUCUUGGAUGUGAGAAUUAUUUUGACCGUUAUCAGUUUGUAUCUGUAUCCAUUUCCGAACAUUAGAGGAAGGUUGUGUUUGUUUGGACUUAAUUUCAAGUGCUUAAAAUUUAAGA